AUGCGUGGCGGUAAUGCGGUGGACGCGGCGCUGGCCAGUGCCAUAACCCUGACUGUGGUGGAGCCGAACAAUAACGGCGUUGGUAGUGAUGCCUUCUGUAUUCUCUGGGAUGGCAGUGAGCUGGUUGGUCUGAACGCAUCCGGGUGCGCGCCUGCUGCCUGGGACCUGCAGCACUUUGCCGGUUGCAGCACGAUGCCGGAUCUAGGCUGGGACAGUGUCACGGUGCCUGGCGCGGUCAGCGCCUGGGUGAAGUUAUCAAAACGCUUCGGCAAGCUACCGUUUGCAGACCUGUUUAUUGAUGCGAUCCGUUAUGCACGUGAUGGCUUUAUGGUGGGUCCGAAGUCAGCUUAUUACUGGCAGUUGCUGGAGCAGCGUUACGCCGCUUUUCCUGAAUUCGGUGCCCACUUUCUGCCUGCGCCGCAGGCUGGGCAGCGUUUUAAGCGGCCAGAUCUGGUAAACACGCUGGAGCGUAUCGCCGCCAGCGAGGGGGAGGAUUUUUAUCGAGGAGAGCUGGCUGACAGGAUGGAUGCAGCAGCACGGGCAGAUGGCGGCUUGUUGCGAAAGUCGGACCUUGAGGCGCAUGACGCGUUGUGGGUUACUCCCACGCAGCAACCUUAUAAAGGUGUAGUCCUGCAUGAAAUCCCGCCCAAUGGUCAGGGGCUGGCUGCACAGAUUGCCUUAGGUAUUCUGCAGCACCUGGAGGCUGCGCCGGUGGACUCUGAGCUGUGGCUGCAUUACCAGAUUGAAGCCAUGAAAAUUGCGGUGCGGGCGGCGCAGGACCAUUUUGCUGAUGCCCGUGCCAUGACUGUGACGCCGGAGGAGCUGCUGGCACCUGGCUCGCUUGCAGCGGCGGCGCGUUCCAUUGGCGAUCAGGCGAGUCCGCUUCCACCUGUGGCGUUGCCGGUGAGUGCAGACACGGUAUACCUCACGACGGCAGACGCGAGCGGCAUGAUGGUGUCGUUCAUUCAAUCGAAUUACCUGGCGUUUGGGUCUGGUGUGGUGAUACCCGGUACCGGCAUUUCGCUGCAGAAUCGCGGCGCCGGGUUCAGUCUUGAUCCUGAUCAUCCCAAUUGCGUCGGUCCGGGAAAGCGGCCUUUUCAUACCAUCAUCCCCGGUUUUGUUACCCGGGAUGGCGCGCCGGAAAUGAGUUUUGGUGUGAUGGGCGGGCAUAUGCAGCACCAGGGUCAUGUGCAGAUGGUGACCCGCAUUUUUGAUCAUGGUCAGAAUCCCCAGGCGGCCAGCGACGCGCCCCGGUGGCACGUCGAUGAAAAAUUUUCUGUGGCGCUUGAGGCUGGCCUGGACCCGGCAUUAUCCAUGGGUUUGCAGGCCCGGGGCCAUCGUGUGAUCACAGAUGCGCGUGAGAGUACUUUUGGCGGUGCUCAGCUGAUACAGAAAACUUCCGAUGGCUAUGUGGGGGGUUCAGACCAUCGCAAAGAGGGUUGUGUGGAGGGAUCUGAUCAGACGUUGCGUUCCACCGAGCGAUUACUGGAGAAAGCGGACUGGUUGCCAGCACCGUUAACCCUGGAGCUGCUGCAUGACGAAUUGAACCGGCCCCUGACCCAACUGGUGGUGCAGAGCCUCGAAGCUCAGGCGAAAAAGAAGCGUCUGUCGAUGCUGUUUCUGCAACUGCACACCGGUCCACAAGGCCGUCAGGUGCUGAUGAGUAAUGAUGGACGUGGUGCGCGUCGCUGGAUCUUCAUUGACGAUCUGACCCUCGACACUUUUACUGCUGCCCUUGAUGCGCUCUGCGCAGGCAAAACCACUCUGGUGUGGCCACACGGUGAGGUGACUAAACUGGUGCGUCAGCUGGAGCGUCGCGAUAAAACCCAUCAGGUCACCCUACCGUCAGACAACGUAGUUACCCUCGCACUCACGGCAUACCCCGCGACGUUGAAACUGGAUCCAUAUCCGGAUAGUCCACCGCGACCGGAAAACGAGCUGACCCAUUUGGACCGGCUUGAGGCUGAAAGUAUCCAUAUCAUGCGGGAAGUGGCGGCUCAGGCAGAGAACCCGGUGAUGCUCUACAGCGUGGGUAAAGACAGCGCGGUGAUGUUGCACCUGGCGCGCAAAGCGUUUUACCCGAGCCCGCCGCCAUUUCCUCUGAUGCACAUUGAUACCCGCUGGAAAUUCAGAUCGAUGUACGAAUUCCGUGAUCAGAUGGCUCAAGACAUCGGCAUGGAGCUGAUUGUUCAUAUCAAUCCUGAAGGCAUAGAAAAGAACAUUAAUCCGUUUGAUCACGGCAGUGCGCUACACACGGACAUCAUGAAAACUCAGGGUCUCAAGCAGGCGCUGGAUCAUCACAAAUUUGAUGUGGCUUUUGGUGGCGCGCGCCGCGAUGAAGAAAAGAGUAGGGCCAAAGAGCGGGUCUUUUCCUUCCGCAACGAAGCCCAUCGCUGGGAUCCAAAAAACCAGCGCCCGGAGCUGUGGAACCUUUACAACGGCUACAAGCGCAAGGGUGAAAGCAUACGGGUGUUUCCACUGUCCAACUGGACGGAGCUCGACAUCUGGCAGUACAUCUAUCGUGAACAGAUUCCCAUUGUGCCCCUCUAUUUUGCGGCAGAACGACCUGUGGUGGUCCGUGAUGGCAUGAUCACCAUGGUCGAAGACGAUCGCAUGCGCCUGCUGCCUGGAGAAGAGAUCCAGACCCGCAGGGUGCGCUUCCGUACGUUGGGAUGUUACCCCUUAACAGGAGCGGUGGAGUCCGAUGCGGACAAUCUGUCUUCCAUAGUUCUGGAGUUGUUGCAGAGCCGCACCAGCGAGCGGCAGGGCCGGGCAAUUGAUAGCGACAGCGCCGGUUCGAUGGCCAAUCUUGAUCUGCUGCGCUUCAUUACCUGCGGUAGUGUAGAUGACGGCAAAAGUACGUUGAUUGGCCGCAUGCUCUAUGAAGCGCAGAUGAUUUUUGAAGAUCAGGUGACGUCCCUGCAGGCGGAUUCGAAACGCCAGGGUACCCAGGGUGGAGAUAUCGAUUUUGCGUUGCUGGUAGACGGCUUGUCUGCCGAGCGUGAGCAGGGUAUUACCAUUGAUGUGGCUUACCGCUUCUUCAGUACGGAUCACCGCAAAUUUAUUGUCGCGGACACUCCCGGGCAUGAACAAUACACCCGCAACAUGGUCACCGGUGCGUCUACUGCGGAUGUUGCUGUGAUUCUGGUUGAUGCCUCUCAGGGGCUGCUGACCCAGACCAGGCGGCAUUCGUUCAUUGCGUCACUGCUGGGCAUUAAACACGUUGUGCUGGCGGUGAACAAAAUGGAUCUGGUGAACUACGACGAAACCGUUUUCAAUCAGAUUGUCAGCGAUUACGAAGAAUUUGCAACGCAGCUGACAUUUGAACACAUCACCGCCAUUCCGCUCUCUGCUUUGAAAGGUGAUAACGUUAUUGAACGCUCGGGCGCCACCAGCUGGUAUGCAGGGCCGACGCUGCUGGGUUAUCUGGAAACCGUAGAUAUUCAUCACGAUGAAGAUACUCAGCCGUUCCGCUUUCCGGUGCAGUGGGUGAAUCGACCCAACUCCGAUUUCCGCGGGUUUGCCGGCACCGUAGUGGCAGGCAGUAUUCAACCCGGAGACGAUAUCCGGGUGCUGCCUUCAGGCGAAACCGCGAAGGUGGAUGAGAUUAUUCUGCAUCACGACAAACUGCAUAAAGCGCACACCGAUCAGGCGGUGACGCUGACCUUGGACCGAGAGGUAGAUGUCUCGCGGGGCAACGUUAUUGUGGCUGCAGAUUCACCCUGUGAAGUGGCUGAUCAAUUUGAUACAUCGCUGGUGUGGAUGGACAGCGAAGAAGGCUACAUAGGCCGCAGCUACUGGAUGAUGAUUGGCACGACAAGGGUCAACGCCACGCUGACUGAUGUGAAGUUUCGCUACAACAUCAAUACUCUGGAGCAUCUGUCAGCCAGAUCGUUCGGGUUAAACGAUAUUGGUCGUGUGACCCUGACGCUGGAUCAGCCGAUUGCCUUUGAUGCUUAUCUGGAUAAUAAAGCCAUGGGCGCCUUUGUUCUGAUUGAUCGUUACACCCACGCCACUGUCGGCGCAGGUAUGAUCAAUUUUGCCUUGCGGAGGGCGACCAACAUUCACCGCCACACCCAUAUUGUCGAUAAACAGGCACGUGCGGCGCUGAAAGGGCAGAAAGGCAAGGUCAUCUGGAUGACCGGGCUAAGUGGCUCGGGCAAGUCGACCGUCGCCAACGGUGUUGAACAGGCACUGCACGCUCAGGGUAAACACACGUUUAUUCUCGAUGGCGACAAUGUCCGCCAUGGUCUGAAUCGGGAUCUUGGCUUCACCGAUGCAGAUCGGGUGGAAAACAUCCGCCGCACCGCUGAAGUUGCAAAACUGAUGGUGGAAGCAGGACUGAUUGUGAUCACCGCUUUUAUCUCGCCGUUCCGUUCCGAGCGGGAUAUGGCACGGGCGCUGUUUGAAGAGGAGGAGUUUGUUGAGGUCUUUCUCGAUGUACCCCUGGAAGUCGCAGAACAGCGGGAUCCUAAAGGUCUGUAUCGCAAGGCGCGUCGCGGUGAGCUGCCGCAUUUCACAGGCAUAGACUCGCCUUACGAGGAACCGGAAAGCGCCGAACUGCGCAUUCCCACGGGGGAAAUGAGUCUUGAGGAAUCCGUGCAGCAGGUCCUCAAAUAUGUCUGA